GCUCACUGGAACAGUCCCUCGAAACUCCACAAAUCACUUUAAAGCAUCACACGCGUAGAUAGGAGUGAGGAUGAAGGUGCGGCCAUGAGCUCCCAGGCUGGGGCCAGCGGAGAUUGUAGUGUGGAGAAGCUGGUGAGACCCCCGAUGCCAGGACGGAAAGUCCACAGAGUCACGAGACAAGUUAAGACGAGAGAACAGGAAGACAGAGGGGCACUCGUCAGAAGGACCAUCAGUAUCGAGACUAUUGGGAAUGCAUCAGGAGAAAGCAUGGCGAGUCUGUCCAGCUCCGAUGCGGAGGGAUCGAACAACGAGCCAAGAGGAAGCUCUGCCACCAACGUGAAACCACAAGCCUCUGUCCAAGCCAGAUCCACUCCAGCGACCCCUCUGAGACUCUUGUCAUCCAGGACACCUGCAGUGGACCCCCACAGCUGUCCUGGCAGAGACCCUGAUCCAUUCUGGCUGGAAGUGCAGAGGACAGGGUGGUCAUGUGAGGAGGAGGAGGAGGAGGAGGAUGAGGAGGAGGAGGCGGGGGCAAGUGGGGUGAUUGACGCGAUGAGCCCACCUUUGACCCCGACUCCACCGGCGUCGUUGGUCGGGGAGAGAAGGAUGAGUAGAAGAGAAAGAAAGAGGAUAAAAUGUCUGAGGAGGAGGCAGAGGAGGAAGGAGCGAUGGAGACAGAGUCAGCUGCAGAGUUCCACAGCAAACGUUAGCAGCAGCGACAGCGGCGACGACGACGAUGAGGAAGAAGUGCUGAGCGACAAAGAGGGUUACAUCUGCGCCGUGUGUCUGGACGUCUACUUCAGCCCGUACAUGUGUCAGCCCUGCAGGCACAUCUUCUGUGAGCCUUGUCUGAGAACGCUGGCCAAGAACUGUCCCGCCAACACCCCCUGCCCCCUCUGCAGGACCGCCAUUACGCACGUAUUCUUCCAGAAGGAGUUAAACAAUAUGGCGAGGACCUUCUUCCCAAAGGAAUACCUGUGUCGGAAGCAGAACUUCCAGAAGGCGAGUUGUGCAAAAUGGCCUCUUCCAAGCUGCAGGAAGCUCUUCAGAAUAUUUGGAGGUUUCAGGAGACCCUCCAGUCCCGGGGCGUGGCGUCAGUUCCCCCGCGGAGGAGCCUACCGCCUGGACGCUUUGGACUUUGACGACGACACCCCGGGGUGGCACUUUGACAUGGACAUGGUCAUCAUCUACAUCUACUCGGUCAACUGGAUCGUUGGCUUCUUCAUCUUCUGCAUUCUCUGUUACCUCUUUUUCCCCUCUUUUUGACAACAUGGGAUAAUUACUGAAGGAUGGCAAUUUGGGUGGAAUUGUGUGACCAUAGCAACGACAAUGUCAUACAACAGCAAACAUUAGGUACACCUGCACAAUUGAACUACAGUGCAUUCAAUACAAGAGCGUUAACAAAAAAUGUAUAAUGAUGCUUUUAAUGUGUGGAGAUUACGAGAAAUGGCCUGGCUGGUCCAUGGUAGACCACUAAAGCAGCAUGUUGUUAUCAUCAAUAUUAUUUUUACUUUAGCAUGUGCUAGCCUAUUGCUUACAAAUACUACCAUUAUUGCUUUAUUUGCGAUAUCUAGUGAUAAAUAAUCGAGGCCUCAGUGUGUGUGUGGCACACUCACUGGCUGUAUUGACGUUGGUGUUUCAUAAUAGCGCCUUCUUCUGCAUUAAAAUACAUUACAGUAGGAAGGGGAUUCAAAAGGCCCUAUUUGUUGUCAGUUUACCUAAGACAUGAAACAGGAAGAAUUGGGGUUGGUUGCACUACCUACUAUCCACAUGGCAAUAGAGUGUUGAACAUCUUACAAUGUGUCUUGUGGCAAUACCAAUUUUGACCACAGCGUAGAGUGGCGCUUUCCACCUUUUUCGGCAGACCGCAUUACAAAAUGAUUAACACGGGAGAUCCAACCAGAAUGAGGUCGUGUGAAUUUCUUCCCUAUUGUAUAUUUGACCUGCAAAAUUAAAUAUAUACAGUUCCGAAAUAUAACUUGCAUUUUCGAAUGAAAAGCUGUGCAAAAAGGAAUAUGUACCGCGCAACUCUGGUCACUAAGCCAAGUAGUAGAAAAGGAAAAGAAGAACACUUUGAAAUCUUUCCCUUUUUUUAGUUUUAUUUCAGAUCGAAGACAAAAAUGUACCUUUUUUUGCACGAGCCGUCUGUUUUGAGUCGAAAGAAAUGUUUCUGGUCGACACACACACAUCGAGGUAUUGAGGAACACAAUUGUCAUCCCUUAUGUUUGAUAAUGCAUCGAUGUUUCAGUAUCAUUCGACACACCACCAGUUACAUCCUUAUUGCUUUGCAACUGAAAUUGAAAAAAAAGUAUAUUUAAUAAAUAGUGUAAUUUGUAGAAAUAAUAAAUAAUAUAUAUACUGUAUUUUCUAGACUAUAAGCGCCCCCAGGUAUAUAAACCGCACACACUAAAUUUUAGAAGAAAAAAAUGUUUUUUCAUAUAUUAUCAAUCAAUCAAUCAAUCAAUGUUUAUUUAUAAAGCCCUAAAUCACAAAUGUCUCAAAGGGCUGCACAAGCCACAACGACAUCCUCGGUUCAGAGCCCACAUAAGGGCAAGGAAAAACUCACAACCCAGUGGGACGUCGAUGUGAAUGACUAAGAGAAACCUUGGAGAGGACCGCAGAUGUGGGUGACCUCUCGCCCUCUAGGGGAGACCGGAUGCAAUGGACGUCGAGUGGGCCUAGCAUAAUAUUGUGAAAGUCCAAUCCAUAGUGGAUCUAACAUAAUAGUGAGAGUCCAGUCCAUAGUGGGGCCAGCAGGAGGUCCACUCCGGGUCCCGAUUCUGGACAGCCAGCACUUCAUCCAUGGCCACCGGACCUGUGCCCCCCAGAGAGGAGAGAAAAGAAACGGCAGAUCAACUGGUCUAUAAAGGGGGUCUAUUUAAAGGCUAGAGCAGUGGUUCUUAACCUUGUUUGAGGUACCGAACCCCACCAGUUUCAUAUGUGCAUUCACCGAACACUUCUUUAGUGAAAAAUUAAACUUUUUUUUUUUUUUAAUUCAAGACAAAGUUAUAUGUUUUUUUACUGGUGCACAAAAUGAACGUUCAAAGAACAAAACCAACACAGUGCAUAAACUCACAACAAAUUACACACCUGCAAAUCAGAUGGAAAAUUAGAGGGAACAUUGUUUGGGCGUAUCCUUGGUACGCCGAUAGGGAGAAGUUUUUAUUUACAAGCUGAGUCGGGUGUGUCUAGACCUCCGCGGCGGAGGCUCCACCGAACCCCUGAGGCCGACUCACCGAACCCCUAGGGUUCGAUCGAACCCAGGUUAAGAACCACUGGGCUGGAGUAUACAAAUGAUUUUUAAGAUGGGACUUUAAUGCUUCUACUGAGGUAGCAUCCGUAACUGUUACCGGGAGGGCAUUCCAGAAUACUGGAGCCCGAAUAGAAAACGCUCGAUAGCCCGCAGACUUUUUUUGGGCUCUGGGAAUCACUAAUAAGCCGGAGUUCUUUGAACGCAGAUUCCUUGCCGGGACAUAUGGUACAAUAGUAUUUUAUACGAAAUGAAAUAUUUACGUAGAAAGAUUUUGUAAAUGUUUAUUUACAUACCUUAAAUGUUAAACGGUGCCUGUAACAAGGCAGUAAAACGGCUGAUCAAACAAACAAAACAUUCCAGUUGCGAUUGAUUGAAUGCCCUGAGAUUACAAUGACCUGGAUGAAUGACAACAUCCAGAGACAAACAAAACACAAGUCACUGAUAUCUUUCUUCAUUCUAUAUGCGACUGAUUUUCUAGUUUAUUAAUAAGGUCCAAUAUGACAAGCGGUAGAAAAUGGAUGGAUGGAUGUUUAUCAGGAUUCUUCUUCCUUGUACUCUGUGAACACUUUGAAUUUGAAUAGUUUCUUAAAGUGGAUAGUUUUAGUAGAUUGUUUGAUGUCUUUGCUUAAUCCAUUCCAUAAUUUAGCCUUUAGCAAAGAAAAAUCUUUAGAUUAGCCACAACAACAACAAGUUCAAACCUUGGAGAAAAAGUCAAUCAAUAAAUCAAUCAAUCAAAGUUUAUUUAUACAGUGUCACGACGAGGGGUUUUUCGCAACUUACUGCGAGGAUUGUUCUCCCGGGAUGCAAUCUGACUUGUCCGGACAAAGGUAGCAGGUAGGAACAUAUUUAUUAUUAAUCUAACUACACAGGACAAAAGACAGGAACUAAAACAAAAGGAAAGCGUGCCGAUUGCACGAGAGGCUAAGGAACAUAAAACGUAACGCAGGAAACAUACGCUAACAUUUAGACUGAACUAUGGAUAUAGAAAACAACUAACCAAACUAUGGCAUAGAACGAACAAGACUUACUGCGGCAUGAAUGAAGCAAUGGCAUGAAACGAGCAUGAAAAGAGCAAUGUCGCCAGGCUGACUAACUGGCAAAGACAGGCUUAAAUAAUAGUCUCUUAAUUAGAGCAGGUGCGUGACCCGAACACAUGAAGCAGGUGAAACUAAUAAGUCGCCAUGGUAACUAAACAAACAAGGGAGCGCAAACAGGAACUAAAAGAGUCCAAAACAAACGGAAAAUAACAAAAACAUAAUCCAGACCACAGAUCAUUACAUACAGCCCCUAAUCACAAGUGUCUCAAAGGGCUGCACAAGCUACAACGACAUCCUCAGCUCAGAUACGACACCAGGGCAAGAAAAAAACUCAACCCAUCGGGCGUAAUGAGAAACCUUGGACGGGACCACAGACCGGUGCAAUGGAUGUCGAGUGGAUACGGUUAAUAAUGUGAGAGUCCAGUCUAAAGUGGGGCAUGUAGACACGUCAGGGCGCAGGGACGUCGCCGACUGAUGCAUAAGGAGUGGUCCACUCCGGGUGCCGACUUCAUGCACAAGUCCAGUCCAUAGUGGGGCCAGCAGGGGAUCAUCUUAGACUUAGACUUAGACUUAGAAAAUCUUUAUUGUCCCCAAGGGGCAAUUUGGUUUGCAGCAGUAGUCAUUAAAAACAAGGUACAACAGUAAAAACAAGGUACAACAGUAAAAACAAGGUACAAAUACAUAAAAUACAUACAACAUACAAACCAUCAUGAAGGCAUUGAGCUAAAAACUAAAAACAUUUGUAAUACAAUAAAAACUAAUCUUGAGUGGAGACAGGUCAGCAGCGCAGAGACGUCCCCAACUGAGUAGUGGUCCACCCCGGAUCCCGACUUUGAACAGCUCGCAUCUCAGCUGUGGUCACCUAAUAACCUCUCCACGCAGGAGAGGGGGGUCAGAGCAGAAAAGAGAGACGGCAGAUCAACUGGUCUAAAAGGGGCCUAUUUAAAGGCUAGGGUGCAUAAAUUGGUUUUAAGAUGGGACUUAAUUGCUUCUACUGAGGUAGCAUCUCUAACUGUUACCGGGAGGGCAUUUCAUAGUACUGGAGCCCGAAUAGAAAACGCUCUAUAGCCCGCAGACUUUUUUGGGACUCUGGGAAUCACUAAUAAACAUGAGUUCUUAGAACGUAGAUUUCUGGUCAGGACAUAUGGUACAAUACAAUCAGCAAGACAGGAUGGAGCUAGACCCUUUUAGUAUUGUAUAUGUAAGUAGUAAAACCUUAAAGUUGCAACUUAAGUGCACAGGAAGCCAGUGCAGGUGAGCCAGUAUAGGCGUUGUACGGUCAAACUUUCUUGUUCCAACUCAAAUCUGUUAAUGCUAGAAAAUAAUACAUUACAGUACACUGCAAAAACUGAAAUCUAAGUAAGAUUAAAUAUCUUAAAUAAGGGUGAUAUUUGAUUAUUUUCUGUCUAAGAUAAUUCUUCUCACUAAGCAGAUUUUAUGUUAGAGUGUUUUACUUGUUUUAAGUGUUUUGGUCCUAAAUGAUCUCAGUAAGAUAUUACAGCUUGUAGCUGAGAUGUUAUGACCUAUAUUGAGGAAAACAUGCUUGAAACUAGAAUAUCAACUGUUGCAAAGCUGUGCCAUCAACACUCACAAGUAUAAAACUACUUUUUAAAAGUAAUAAUUUCUUAUUUCAAGCAUGAAAAAAAAAAGAAUGACUUUGACACAAUUGUGUCUCAUAAUUAAAACGGAUGACAGCCAAAUUGACUUUGCUGUUUUAUUUUCAAUGAAACAAUAGAAAAUAUGUACUCAUAUAGUAGUACAGUUGGCACAGUACAGCAAACUGACAGUUAAUAUUUAAACAUUUAACAUGUGACAUUUCAAACAAUUUUGAACAGAAAUAGUUCAUUAAGGAAAUUCCUCAAAAUUACAAUUAAAAACAUUUUGGCCGGGGGCCGGGCUGUAUAUAUGCGCACUAAUUGACUGAAAGAGGACGCACUUGGCGCGAUGAUGUCAUGUUAUCGAUGGAAAAAUGCAUUUUUAGACCAUAUGACUUGCCUGAGCGGCUUGGAGACCCCGAGAGUAACAAGCGGUUGUCUUGUUGCCUUUCCAUUAAGAACAAUAAACUAGUUUUUAAUAUAAGUUUGCUGGUUUCAAAAAAUGCAAUGCCGAGCGCAUAUCAUUAUGUCAAGAUAAUGGCACUAGCAUUUACUUCAUUUAAGAAUAUUUUUCAACAUAUUGAGAAAAAGUAUUUUUUUUUUUUCUACCAAUAAAAGUGCACUUGUUAUUAGUGAGAAUAUACUUAUUUUAAGGUAUUUUUGGGUUCAUUGAGGUUAGCUAAUUUUACUUGUUUUGGAAAGUCUUGACAAGCCAAAUUUUCCUGUUCUAUCGGGAGAUAAUUUUGCUUAGUUCAAGUAAAAUACCUCUAAUUUUUGUAUUUUUUUUCUUGUUUUUGAACACUGACUUUUUGCAGUGUAAUUGAGACGAGACGUAACGAACGCAUGAAUAAUGAUCUCAACGUGGUUGGUGGACCAUAAAUGGGACACAUUUUAGCGAUAUUACCGAGGUGAAAGAAGGCUGUCUUAGUAACACUCUUGAAAGUAGCGGUUUAUAGUCGAGAAAAUAUGUUACUUUUAAUAUUUGAUACUUUUAUGACAUGUACGUGGUUGUGGAAGUCGCUCACCAGCCAUUCCACUGGUAGACACAGCACCGGAGCCAAGCUUGCAGUUUUUACCCAGGUUUUAAUGUACAUAGAUUUUUAUCACCAGUUUUCCCUCCAGCAGGACACAACUUUUCAGCCACGUCCGUAUCCUCUCCCCCCUCCUGCUCCCGGCCGCUUACUGUUAAAGACAACAGAUAAUUAGAUUAACACGUACCACCAGUGAAAUCUAAUCACCUGCCAGCUGUGUCUCGCCGUCAGCACAUGCCCCACCUCUAUCCGAUGGUGCUCGUCCUCAGCACCAUAGACAGAGGCGGUGACCUUUGCUCCUGCAGGCGCGCUGGCCACACCUCCCUCCACAGUGCUGUUUUCUUAUUUUACUAUAAUUACACGUUUACAUUUUUAUUAUUUAUUGUCCUAGCAUUCACAAAUAAUUGAGGGGUGUAAAAUUGCACGGCAUGAUGCUGAGAGCUGUUUGUAUACUAUUGCCUGCAGGUGUACCUAAUGACGUGUCCAUUGUGUGAUGCACAACAUAAACACACUCAAAAAAAAAUUAUUUUAAGCAUUGUGCUUAUAGGACAUAGUGCUUCAUUAAAGUAUUUCAGCCCUUUGGGGUGUGCACUGCAUGUGUUGUCCUGCUGCAAUUGUACCUAAGACCAGUAGGAACUAAAUCGAGAAGGAUGAGGAAGAUGUGUGUGUGAGAUGUUGCUUGGAUGGCAACAUAUGUUGCUCCAAAACCUGUAUGUAUACCUUUCAGCAUUAAUGGUGCCUUCACAGAUGUGUAAGUUACUCAUGCCUUGGGCACUAAUACACCCCCAUACCAUCACACAUGCUGGCUUUUGAACUGUGCGCGUAUAACAAUCCGAAUGGUUCUUUUCCUCUUUGGUCUGGAGGACAAGACGUCCACAAUUUCCAAAAACAAUUUGAAAUUUGGACUCGUCAGACCACAGAACACUUUUACACUUUGCAUCAGUCCAUUUUAGAUGAGCUCGGGCCCAGCAAAGCCAGCGGCGUUUCCAGGAGUUUUAACUUGCACUUACAGCUAGAGCGACGAACUGUAGUUACUGACAGUGGUUUUCUGAAGUGUUCCUGAGCCCAUGUGGUGAUAUCCUUUACACACUGAUGUCGCUUUUUGAUGCAGUACCACCUGAGAGAUGGGAGGUCAAGGCCUUGCCGUUUACAUACAGUAAUUUCUACAGAUUUCUGAACCUUUUGAUGAUAAUAUGAACCGUAGAUAGCAAAAUCCCAAAAUUCCUUGCAAUAGCUCGUUGAGAAAUGUUGUUCUUAAACUGUUCGACAAUUUGCUCACGCAUUUGUUCACAAAGUGGUGACCCUCGCCCCAUCCUUGUUUGUGAAUGA